GAUCUAAAAGUGAGAUAAAAAAAAAUUUACAAGAAUUUGGAGAUAAUAUAAAUAAAAUCGAUGAGAGUUAUAAUCAAUGUAUAGAUAUAAAGGUUUUGUUGAAAGAAAAACUAUUACCCGGGUUUGCAUUGAAAAGCAAUCAAAAAUUUGGAAAAAAAGGUGGUGGUAAACAUCUAAAUCUGUCAGCUGAAGAUAUGCUCAAUGAUCUGGCCAAGAGAAAUAAAAUUGAAGAAUAUGAUAUACCAACACUUUAG